CUGCGGUUGGUAUAUAUCAGCCUGGAUGCUUCAUCCUGAUGCCAGUCUCUCCUUCAGCUUAUAUUCGGGAAUAACAUUUUAUUUAUUUAUUUAUUUAUUUAUUAUUCAAAUUUACUUUAUCAACAAGUGGUGCGCGAGUGAGGGUUUUUUCCCCUUUUUUCCCUCUUUAAUCAAAAUUUCCCGCUAAAAAGUAUCAACAAAAUAUCCAAAAAUGGAUAGAAAAAAGUGUCUGUUAAUGCUUCUGUCAAUAAGUGUCGCCUCGUGCUUCACAACACCAACAACGACGACCGGUGACGAUAAUAUUAUUGAGAAGGGUUAUCGAUCUCUCUAUCGUGUCUAUGAGGAGUGUCAGCAGAGAAAUGUCGGCGUGACGCCGUGUCUCAAGAAAAAGGCAAUUGCAUUUUUCGAUCGUAUUGGAAAAAUAGAAUCGCUGCCAAUUGCCGAGAAUCUCGAGCUGGUGAGAUCGCCGGACGCACCGGAAACAACGGAGGCGCCGAGUGUUGAUAUCGAGACACUUGGUCGUCAAUCGGGUGCCUCGAGGGACGAGGUACUCAAUGAUAUUCUCUUCGAGAAGGUGGCAAAUCUAAUGAAUGGCUUUAAUGUUCAAAUAAGAUUGCCAAAAACAUCGUCAGUGGAAUUGAAGCGCAGUAUCGAGGAGGGCCGUGGGAAAAUGAAGAAAAUGAUGGGAAUGAUGAUGAUGGGAAUGGCAAUGAAAAUGGCCGCAAUGGUACCACUUGCAAUGGGUGUACUAUUUUUACUCGCUGGAAAAGCGUUGAUUAUCAGUAAAAUUGCCCUUGUUCUGUCGAUGAUAAUUGGACUCAAGAAAUUAUUGUCGCAGAAGGGAGGCGGCGGCGGUGAUCAUGGCGGAUGGCAACAAGGAGGCGGUGGAGGCGGCGGCGGGGGUUGGGAUCGAAGUCUCAAGGGAAUUGUCAAUCCAUUGAAUAUUGAACUUUCCGAUUCCGAUCGUCAGUACGCGCAAAAUCUUGCCUAUAAUGGUGCAAGGCAACUGACGAAGUAAUUUAGUCAACAUUUUUUUUUUUUUGUAUAAUAAGAAGAACGAUUAAUUCCGAGUUUGUCCCAAAAAAAAAAUAAUUGUGCAAAAAAUUAGUGCAAAAUAACCGCAUAAAAAUUAGAAGUGCAUUGUAAUUGUCGUGCUAAUUUUUUUAAAGUGAAAAUGAAAUUGUUCCUUCGUUUAAAUUCGACUAAUUUUCCAUUUAUAAAAAUUUAUAAAAUUUUUAUAAAUCAGUGUGUAAAAAAUUGACGAACUGUUUCCGAAAACUUCUGUUUCAAUUAUUUUAUUUUUGACAGUUGUAAAUUGUAAUUUGACGUGAUUGUAUUCUAAGGAAAUACUUUACUGCAAAACGAUACGAAAUUAGAAGACUAAUUGUGAAAAAAAGUUGAUUCAUUCUUGAUGGUGUAUUUACCGUUAUUU